AAGAAAUUCACACAAUAAACCAAAAAUAAAGCAAUUCUCGCAAUUAUUCAAUCUUCAUGUCUGGCUUAAGUUGACUUUCUUUAAUGUAUUAUUCCUUCCAAUCUGUGUAUGUGAGGUAUUUCUCAUUUACGUAGCUCCUUGUUUUCACUAAGCAAGUCUUUUUUAUGUUCUUGAUUUCCAUAUUAGCUUUCCAAGAAGAUGAUGAGCCAUCUUUUGUUGGCCAUAAUUGGAACCUUUGCCGUUAUAGUUGGCGCCCAAAAACAAGAAGGUUUCAUCAGUUUGGAUUGCGGAUUUCCUAUUGAGGAAUCUCCUUAUAGUGAUCCAUCUACUGGAUUAACAUUCACAUCAGAUUCAACAUUUAUCCAGACUGGAGAAAGUGGUAGAGUCGAUAAAGAGCUCAACAAAAUAUUCCGAAAACCAUAUUUGACUCUAAGAUACUUUCCGGAAGGAAAGCGUAAUUGUUAGUCUGAAUGUCACUCGUGGCACAAAUUAUCUUAUAUUGGUUACCUUCAUAUAUGGAAAUUAUGAUGGUCUUAAUAUUUAUCCAAACUUUGAUCUCUAUCUUGGUCCUGAUAAGUGGGCAAGAAUAGAUAUGGAAGGAAGACAAAAUGGUACAUUCGAGGAGAUCAUACACAGAGUGAGGUCAAGCUCUUUGGAUAUUUGUCUUGUUAAAACAGGACCAACCUCGCCAAUAAUAUCAUCUAUAGAACUACGACCAAUGAGAAAUGAUACUUAUCUUACGCAUUCAGGCUCACUGAGGAACUCUUUCCGGGUUCAUUGCAGCACUUCUGAUAGCGAAAUAAGGUAUGAUGAUGACUCCUAUGAUCGUGUCUGGUAUCCAUUCUUCAGCUCUUCGUUUAGCUAUAUAACGACUAGUCUCAAUAUAAACAAUUCAGAUACAUUUGAGAUACCAAAAGCUGCACUCAAAAGUGCUGCCACGCCUAAAAACGCUAGUGCACCGCUAAUCAUAACUUGGAAACCAAGACCCUCUAACGCUGAAGUUUACUUCUAUCUUCAUUUCGCUGAGAUACAAACCCUUGCAGCCAACGAGACGAGGGAAUUCGACAUUGUUUUCAAAGGAAACUUUAAUUAUUCAGCUUUUAGUCCUACCAAGUUAGAGCUACUUACAUUUUUCACAAGUGGACCAGUGCAAUGUGAUUCAGAUGGUUGCAAUUUACAGCUCGUAAGAACUCCGAAUUCAACCCUUCCACCUUUGAUCAACGCUCUUGAGGCUUACACUAUUAUCGAAUUCCCACAGUUGGAAACAAGCCUAAGUGAUGUUAAUGCUAUCAAAAACAUUAAAGCUACGUACCGGCUAAGUAAAACUAGUUGGCAAGGAGAUCCAUGUCUCCCUCAAGAAUUAUCCUGGGAAAAUCUUAGAUGCAGUUACACAAAUAGUUCUACCCCACCAAAAAUCAUUUCAUUAAACUUGUCAGCAAGUGGAUUAACUGGGAGUCUACCCUCAGUUUUUCAAAAUCUAACGCAGAUACAAGAGCUGGACUUAUCUAACAACAGUUUGACUGGACUUGUGCCUUCUUUUCUGGCCAACAUUAAAUCAUUAUCUUUGUUAGACUUGAGUGGGAACAAUUUUACCGGUUCAGUUCCACAAACUCUUCUUGAUAGAGAAAAGGAAGGACUUGUCUUGAAACUUGAAGGAAAUCCAGAGCUAUGCAAGUUUAGCUCAUGCAAUCCAAAAAAGAAAAAGGGAUUAUUGGUACCGGUUAUUGCAUCAAUUUCCUCUGUGCUUAUUGUAAUAGUGGUUGUGGCUCUCUUUUUUGUUCUCCGAAAGAAGAAGAUGCCUUCAGAUGCACAGGCUCCACCAAGUUUGCCCGUAGAAGAUGUUGGACAAGCUAAACAUUCAGAAUCAUCAUUCGUCUCGAAAAAGAUAAGGUUUGCUUAUUUCGAGGUUCAAGAGAUGACAAAUAACUUUCAGAGAGUUCUUGGUGAAGGAGGCUUUGGAGUCGUUUAUCAUGGUUGUGUUAAUGGUACCCAACAAGUAGCUGUUAAAUUGCUCUCUCAAUCAUCUUCCCAAGGCUAUAAACAUUUCAAGGCAGAGGUGGAACUUCUUAUGAGAGUACACCAUAAAAAUUUGGUGAGUCUUGUUGGUUAUUGUGAUGAAGGAGACCAUUUGGCCCUCAUCUACGAGUACAUGCCUAAUGGAGACUUAAAACAACAUUUAUCAGGAAAGCGUGGUGGAUUUGUCUUAAGCUGGGAAAGUAGACUAAGAGUAGCUGUCGAUGCAGCACUAGGUUUGGAGUACUUACACACUGGAUGCAAACCACCAAUGGUUCACAGAGAUAUAAAAAGUACAAACAUACUUUUGGAUGAACGUUUCCAAGCCAAAUUAGCCGAUUUUGGGCUUUCGAGAUCUUUUCCUACCGAAAACGAAACACAUGUUUCAACUGUUGUGGCUGGAACUCCUGGUUAUCUUGAUCCCGAGUAUUAUCAAACAAAUUGGUUGACAGAGAAAAGUGAUGUUUACAGUUUCGGAAUUGUACUAUUGGAGAUCAUCACAAACCGGCCUAUAAUUCAGCAAUCUCGUGAAAAGCCUCACCUAGUAGAAUGGGUUGGAUUUAUUGUAAGAACGGGAGAUAUUGGAAAUAUUGUUGAUCCAAACCUUCACGGAGCUUACGACGUCGGUUCUGUCUGGAAGGCUAUUGAACUAGCUAUGUCAUGUGUGAAUAUUUCUUCGGCAAGAAGACCAAGCAUGUCUCAAGUUGUUAGCGAUCUUAAAGAGUGUGUGAUAUCUGAAAAUUCAAGGACAGGAGAGAGUCGAGAAAUGAACUCAAUGAGUUCCAUCGAAUUCAGCAUGGGAAUUGACACCGAGGUGAUCCCUAAAGCACGCUAGUUCUUUAAAAUGAAUUUACCCUUGUUGGGUUUUGAUAAAAUCUUCAAUUCUGCAUCUCUAAAGGGUUUACUGUAAAAUGAUUAUUGGAUUUGAUGCAAUAUUCAAAUAUAUUUGUUGUAGCUUGAUUUAGGUUGUCGUGGAAACGUUAGCUCAAAAACUUGUAUGUCGAAAUACACACCAUAUUUUCAUGUUGACAUAAAAG